AUGGGGCGCCAGCCUCCAUUGCGCCAGCCAGCCACCAAGACCCACAGACACAAAGGCCGAGCCGAGUCACGCUGCGGAGUCAAGCAGGCACCCAAGAAGAAGGCAGCAGCCAAGCCCAAGAAAGCAGGACCCAGCGUAGGCGAGCUCAUCGUCAAGGCUGUGUCCGCCUCCAAGGAGAGGAGUGGCGUGUCCCUGGACGCGCUCAAGAAGACUCUGGCAGCAGGCGGCUAUGACGUGGAGAAGAACAACUCCCGCGUCAAGAUCGCAGUCAAGAGCCUCGUCACCAAGGGCACCCUGGUCCAGACCAAGGGCACCGGAUCCUCCGGCUCUUUCAAGCUCAACAAAAGCUGUCGAGGCGAGGAAGCCCGCAAAGAAAGCCGCAGCCCCCAAAGCAAAGAAGGUGGCCGCAAAGAUGCCCCUGCGGCUAAGAAGCCCAAUAAGGUAGCAGCCAAGAAGCCCGUCGCUGCAAAGAAGUCCCCCGAGAAGGCCAAGAAGCCCGCUACACCUAAAAAGGCCGCCCAGAGCCCCAAGAAGGUGAAGAAGCGGCAUGGUUAG